CGGGUGCGGACCUCGGGGAACAUGAGGGCUGUGCUGGUGGCCCUCCUGGCUUUGGCCUUGGGGCCCGGGGCCCGGGCUGCUCUGCUGGGGAGGCUGGACCCUACGCAGGUACCCGUCACCCCUGGGUCCCCACCGCCUCUGGGCCGCCCAGGGCCAGCCCGUCGGGCACAGGCUGCAUGGGUGCCCGGGCUCCCCGCUGGGGAGGGUCCCCCACAUGUGGAGCGGGCGCCCCUCACCGGCUCCCGCCCCGCACAGCUCCUGGGGCCCUGGUACGUCGUCGCCGUGGCCUCUGGGGAGAGGGGCUUCGCGGUGGAGAAGGCCACCAAGAACAUCGAGGGGGUCGUGGUGACGCUCACCCCUAAAAACCACCUGAAGGUGCAGUCGUCCCGGCACAGGCUGGAGCGGUGCCACCUGGACGCCGUGGAGCUGCUGCGGCAGAACUCUGCCUGGGUGUUCCAGAACCCCGCGCUGGGCGUGCUGGAGUACCGGGUGCUGGACACCAACUUCAGGGACUUCGCCAUCGUGUUCACGCAGCUGGAGCAGCGGGACGAGGCCUUCAGCACCGUGGAGCUGUACAGCCGGACGCAGCGGGCCAGCCCAGAGGCCGUGAGCCGCUUCGCCAAGUGGAGCAAGGGCCUGGGCUUCCUGUCGCAGCAGCGGGCCCAGCUGCAGGCCGAUAGUGAGUGUGGCCGGGCCCUCUGCGCGGCCCCGGGGACCCUCAGCGAGUCCGGCAGGCCUGGGGGGGCCUUCAAGGAGUCGCCCCCCCACCUCCUGUGCGCACAAGGUCCUCCGGGUAAGCCCCCUCCCAAGUACCACGCGCUCCCCACCCGCAGGGGGGGCCUGGGGCCCUGGACGCCCAUACACCCCAGCGGGCAGCAGGGCCCGGUGGCCAAGGGCCACAGGGCGGGGCAGACGCCUCUCCAGUGA